AUGGACAUGGAGACUUUCAAAAGCCACUUCAUGGUUAGCUCGUCGGUGGCCGGAGAGACGAGCGAUGAAAAGGUGUGUGGAGAUGUCCGCUCACUGAGUAUCCCUGGUAACCACAAGGAGAAAAUUGGAUAUCUGGGAAAUGGACUGGACAAUUUUGAGCGCCUGAAAUCUCUGAAUCUUUCACAUAAUUCAUUAGUCUGCAUUGAGGGUCUGCAAUGUCUGAAACAUUUACAGAACCUAAAUUUAUACUAUAACUGCAUACCUUCCCUGGAAGAGGUAAAGGUUCUCUUUGAGCUGCCACUUUUGAGAUAUCUUGAUCUGAGACUCAAUCCUCUGGGUAAGAGUGACCCUUACUACCGACAUUUUUUGGUGCAUAACAUGAUCAGUCUGCGGAAUUUAGAUGGAUGUCCGGUCAAAGACGAUGAGCGCAAGUGUGCCAAGAGGAAGUAUUCUCAGCUAAGAAGUCGUGAUAACCGCCAGGCGUUUUUGGAUCACCUCAACAUGAAGCUCUCCCUAAAGAAUGAGACUAAUCUAAUUCAACGGAACCACUUUGCUGCCAAUCACAGAAGCCGCACUCACUCGUCAUCUCAUCAGAAGCCCCUGACCAAACCGGCAGCUUUGGCACAAGCAGAAAACAAGCAGCAGGGGAAUUACAGGAAGCCCUUGGAGGAGCUACUGGACAUCAUGGACAAACACUGGGUGGGAGAGAAAAAUCUGGAACUUAACACCAACUUCCUGACUCAGAUUGUCCAGAUCCUCUCCAUGAUGGAAAACCACAUCACUUCCCAGGAUGCUGAGGUCAAGACCUUAAAAGAGGAAAUGGGCAAGUUGUGUGAUUUUGUGAAUGUACAAGAGAAAGAACACAAAGCUGAAGUGGAGAAGGUCAUUGCUGAUUUGGAAGAACUCAACGCCCAGCUGAGAAUUGCCAUGGAGGAGAACGUCGCUCUUCGAAAAGAUUUGUUGACUUCAGAAAAAUUGCAACACAAACGCCAAUGGCGGAGCAACCUGUAACUUGCCCCACCAAAAGUCUGACUGGAAGUGUUCAGGAAUGGGAUGAAGGAGAUUCCUGCAGGGAUGAAGCAUCAUUUUUAAAAUUGCAUGCACCUCGAAAUUCCAAGCAUAUUUCAGGUGGGGCAGUGCCCCUCCUCUAGCUCCGCCUAUCCAAUAGUUGACCUAUUUAUUAUUUCAAAACAAUGUCAAUGUUUAUUUGAACUUGAACCUCUAAGAGAUAAUUUAUUAAAGGAUGCUUACGUCUAAGUGUGAGUUGACUUGAGGCAUCGGACACACACACACACACACACUACAAUUAAUGCCACAAAAGU